UCGGCACACCUCCAUCUCCUGUUUCCAUGGAUACAAGUGUCUAGUUUCGUCACUUCGGCAAGAGCUUCUCGGCAGUCAGAAGUUUCCCAGAAGGGCUGUUUUUAACAAGUGAACAUGAAAAGCAUAGAGAAAGGGGAAGACAGCCUGAAAUAAGAGGCAAAGAGUCAGACGAUGAGGCACACCGAGCUGUCUGUCAUCAUGUACCUUCCAUCUCUCCUCGCCUUCUCUGCCACCACCCUGAGCUCCACGACAGCGGAACCCUUCAGCCGAAGCACAACUCUGACCAGCGAGGCACUCACAGCAGGUGCUAAAACUGAACGGCCAAACCCCCAAAACAUGUCGACGAAUAGAGACCCGUCGGCUGAGACGGCAAAACAAGACUCGUUCGCUUCCGAGAGGAUGACAACACCAGCGUCGAGGCACAGACCCUCAGAACGGAGUGGCGUAACCAAGGUUGUGGAAUUCAGAGCAAGAACGGUAGAAAGCAACCCCUGGAAAAACCCGGCAGAAACCCCUUACGCAACAUCCGGACAGGGGGCGACCACACAACACAAUCUUCGCGCACACCGUGAGCCCACAGCAGGGAACAUGGAGACAACCGCUCAUCGGCAGGAGAGCCCUGAGACAAGCAGCAGCCACAUGGACGCCAGAGCGAUGGGGGAUCCGAGACCAGCACCUGCCACAUACUCCAGCACCACGUGGGACAAGCGCAGCACGGCCCCAGCAAAUCACAACACCACUGGCCCCGUCGCAACCAGCACCGUGGAACUUCACAGCAACACGUAUACAGGGUUACAUGCCUCUGCAGACACACACCGUACGCCCACAGCAUACAACAUGGCAACAGAAGUACGUGACCAUGACCUUGGAAAGUCCACUCAGAUGGACCAAAAAACUGAGUUAUGCAACCCGCAGAGCAAUAACACAAUUAGUAAUAAGUCACAGCCCAAAUGUGGAAAAAGGGAAGUGAAGCCUGUGCCCCUGUCAAAAUCCACUAAGCUUGUCUGUUUCGUCACUCUGUGCACUCUGGGUGUGACCGCUUCGGUCUUCUUCGGCCUCACCAUGUUUCUCUGGGUACGCCUCUCUGUCCACAGAGGGAAGGUGAGGAAGAGAUGGAUGCAGGCCAGAGGAGAGCAGAGCACCCUGUGGGCUCAGCCCAAGGGGACACUGGAGCAAAGAGUGGAGUUCUGGUAUGCCAACAGCUCCUCGGUGGCCCCGGAGCAGGCCGCGGUCAGAGCACAGCCACUGGAAGACACAGGCAGGAGGAGAGAGCCAGAAACACUGUGGACACCACCCAGGGUCACCCUGGAGGACAUUACUGAGUUCUGGUACUCAAAUGGGAGGACAAGGCCACACAUAGAGAGGAGCAAAGUGUGAAAGGGGCACAGAACGGAUCAAAAAUGGGGGAGAAGCUGUGAACAACCGCAUUGUUAUUCUACUUUCGUAAAUAAAAAAAGUUAUUUCUGAGCAACACAAACAUCUUGCUCUCUACCGCUUUGUUUAUCAAAUGCAGUUCUAUCAGACAUAUUGCUGAAUACAAGAAAAAACCAAAAAUGACUAUAUAUACACACACACUUUCUGAACCCAUAUGACUAUAUACUUGAGUGUAAAUUUUUAAGCAUUGCACUUUAUGUAAUUUUGGACAAAAUAUCACACAAACACCUGAACGACCUCUUUCGUUUCAUCCUCAUUAAGACACUGAUUCCUGCCACAUUCACAUACAAAACAGAUAUUCAGUGCAGAUGUGUGCAUUUGGUUGGCAGCUCCACCCAAAUGAAACUGAAAUAGGAACAACGUGUUACAACUGAGAAGCUGCUCUUCUCUUGACCCCCCCGCCCCCAAAAGAGUGACCUCGCCCUUUUCACUAUCCUGUAACAAAUACCACAAAAACAUGCAACUGUGUCCUUAGAACAUCCUCACAGCAGUGAAUGUUCGUGGUGACUUUUCUGGCAUUGUUCCUGUGCUGGUAUCCUAUCUCUGCUGUGCAGUCAGGGUCACCAACGGUCUGAACAAGAUACACCCUGGGAAGGGGUGUAAAGCGUGGCAUGAGCAGAAGGAAGAGGGAGAAAAGCAAGGAGAGGUGACCAUGCUCUCAGAAGUGUCCAAUUCCACUGAAGGUGUCUUCUCUGGUAGGAAAAUGUAGGUACUGCUCUUGAGCAGUUCUUCAGUCCUGUAAGCUUUCGCAUAGCAGUGGCUGCAGCCCACAGAAUCUCAGCAUCACUGGUACACAAGAGAGCAGAGCAGAACGUUUCCUACCAGAGUGCUUGACAGACUCUGCUUGUGGUGGAGAGUGGUGCUGGGAAGCACCACAGGUGCAGAUCUUGACUACUAGCCCUUGUCAGAAUGGCCAAUUGAGCUUAUCCCAGUGGUACACAAGGCUUGACCUUCCAAUCUGAGGUACCUCCACAUUCUAGGCCUUGAAAACAAAUCUAUCUAGAAAACAUUUCUCUGCCUGUUAUUCUCUACUAUCCAAACCUUUCUUCUGAAGGACGUGUGGACCUUCAUGAUCCAUUUCGUGACAUCUCACCCCACUUGUCAAAUAGCAGUAUGUUCCUAUUAAUACUUACGUUCAGUUCCACACUCAUUCCUCCACCUUUCCCUCUUGCGUCUGCGGUGCAAACAACCCGGAUGACCACAAUACACAGUUUCAACCCACUGAAAUCAAAGCCUACCCAACCAACCUCACAGCCUGUUUCUGAACCAUUAACCAUACUAACUAUAGGAGGAAUCCCAUCAUCUGCUACUAGUCAGUCGACUACUCUGCAGCCAAUCCCAUCAUCUGCUCCUGGUCAGUCGACUACUCUGCAGCCAAUCCCAUCAUCUGCUCCUGGUCAGUCGACUACUCUGCAGCCAAUCCCAUCAUCUGCUCCUGGUCAGUCGACUACUCUGCAGCCAAUCCCAUCAUCUGCUCCUGGUCAGUCGACUACUCUGCAGCCAAUCACAUCAUCUGCUCCUGAUCAGUCGACUACUCUGCAGCCAAUCACAUCAUCUGCUCCUGAUCAGUCGACUACUCUGCAGCCAGUCACAGCAUCUGCUCCUGAUCAGUUGACUACUCUGCAGCCAGUCACAGCAUCUGCUCCUGAUCAGUUGACUACGCUGCAGCCAAUCACA